AGCGUCACUCACACGCCUAGGUGAAGAGCACAGGAUACGAUCCUCACGCUCAUGUUGAUGGCUGGUGUGUGUUUGUUCGCCACAUGCAUGUCAUCUCACUUAUAAAUUCGCUAUUGUUGUCGUUGCAUAACUAAUUAAUUAUUGGCGGUGUUAAUCAAGCUUAUUUGUGAGAGGAUAAACGUUGCUGUGCUCCUGUGGUGAUGGAUACAGAGGUCCAGGUCAACGCCUCUGAUCUGUGAAGCUGAGGAACCUUGACGUCUGAAAAAGCGCUGGGAAAACGCCAUUAGAGGCCAUGGGGUGCAACUGCAGCUCCGACUACUAUGAUGAGGACUGGGUGGAGAACCUGGACGAGAAGUGUGAACACUGCAACUGCCCCAUCCCACCGGGUGCCCUUAACCCGUUCCAGUACAGAGAUGACCCCCAGGACUUCCACCCCGUCCACUAUGAGCCACCAGUGAGCCCUUUGCCAGAUACAGACAAUUUGAUGGUGGCCCUGUACACCUAUGAGCCCAACCACAGUGAUGACUUGGGCUUCGAGAAGGGAGAGAAGCUGAAGAUUCUUAGCAGGGAUGACCCUGAAUGGUACAUGGCGGAGUCUCUUGCCACAGGCCAGAGAGGUUACAUCCCACACAACUUUGUGGCCAAGUGCAACUCCAUCGAGACUGAAGUAUGGUUCUUCAAGAGCCUGUCUAGAAAUGACGCAAACAGACAACUCCUGGCUCCGGGAAACACACAGGGUUCCUUCCUGGUUCGGGAGAGCGAGUCAACCCCAGGUAGUUACUCUCUGUCGGUGAGGGAUUUGGAUCAGACCUCGGGGGAUGUCGUAAAACACUACAGGAUUCGCAACCUCGACGGUGGUGGAUACUACAUCACAGCCAAGAUCUCAUUUACUUCCCUGACAGAGCUGGUGAAGCAUUACUCACGAGACGGGGAUGGCCUGUGCACUCGUCUGAUGAAGCCGUGCCAGAACCGCGUGCCCCAGAAGCCCUGGUGGCAGGACGAGUGGGAGGUCCCCAGGGAGUCCCUCAAGCUGGAGCGCAGGCUGGGGGCCGGCCAGUUUGGAGAGGUCUGGAUGGGUGUGUACAACAACCACAGGAAGGUGGCCAUCAAGUGCCUGAAAACGGGCACCAUGUCCAUCGAGGCCUUCCUGGCGGAGGCCAAUCUCAUGAAGGCCCUGCAGCAUGCUCGCCUGGUGCGCCUCUUCGCCGUGGUAACGGCAGAGCCCAUCUACAUCAUCACAGAGUACAUGGAGAACGGCAGUUUGGUGGACUUUCUGAAGACCCCAGAAGGCAUGAAGCUCACCAUGAAUACUCUGAUAGACAUGGGCUCCCAGAUUGCAGAGGGGAUGGCGUACAUCGAAUGUAAGAAUUACAUUCAUCGAGACCUGCGCGCGGCAAACAUCCUGGUGUCACAUGAUCUCAUCUGCAAGAUCGCUGACUUUGGCCUCGCCAGGCUCAUUGAGGACAACGAGUACACGGCCAGAGAGGGUGCUAAAUUCCCCAUCAAAUGGACUGCCCCAGAGGCCAUCAACUACGGGACCUUCUCCAUCAAGUCAGACGUCUGGUCCUUUGGGGUCCUGCUGACAGAGAUAGUGACGUACGGACGGAUCCCUUACCCUGGAAUGACCAACCCUGAGGUGAUCCAGCACCUGGAGAAUGGCUACCGCAUGCCCCGGCCGGAGAACUGUCCAGAGGGCCUGUACGGCGUCAUGCACCAGUGCUGGACCGAGAACCCGGAGGGCAGGCCCACCUUCGAGUACCUGAAGGGGGUCCUGGAGGACUUCUCCACAGCCACUGAGAGGCAGUACCAGGAGCAGGUGUAAUGGAUAAGCACGGUGGAAAUGUAAAUAGGUUAUGUUAUGAACACAGUUGCUGUUGCACACUGUUUUCCCCCCUUGAACUGUGCAUCCUCCACAAUUACCACCAACUAUGUUGUGGUAAUAAAGAAAUGUCUGAUGCCUUUUGUGUCUUAGAACUUCAUGCAAUCCAACAUUGAGAUGCAAUCCAAGUUCUGAGUGUGAGAUGCCAACUGUUUUCAUAAAGUAAGCAAUUGGACCGCUGCCGUAUGCACCUCACACUGUGUGCAUUUGCUACAACUGAAGAAGGAACUGUAAAUAGCCCGGAGGACAUCUGUCUGCAGUUACACAUAAGGCUACAUAUUCCCCGGGUUCUUCUGGCUCGACAAUGAAGACUAUUCACACACAGCAUGCUACGGUACAUGAAACAAGUCACAUUUUUGUUUCAUUUUGUGACACAAGACUCACAGUCUUGGAAGGUUCAUGACCUCUCAUCAACCACAUGAAAGCUGUUUUGGACAUUUUUUUGUUGUUGAGGAGAAAUGCAUAUGGUUGCAGACUGUAUUUCACAUAUGGUGUACACAUUCAAACUUCUUUUUCUUGUCAAAUAAACAUGUUGCUCUUUUUACGCCCAUGACAUCAAACAAAACACAAAGUUUCAUUAAUCUUGUGGACAGAGACUAAUUACACGGAAAGUAAUUACACGGCUGGAUGAUGAAUGCGCUUUCAGAGCUGUAUUUGCCACAGCAGCCACAUGCAGUGAUCAGGGUUGCCAGAUGAGACAUGAUUUCUUGCCCAAAAAUGCUCAAAAAUCCCACCUGGAAGCACUAAAUCCUGCCCAAUUUGAACCAAAUUGUAUUUUAACUAAAAGCCUGCCCAAAUGCCCUUUUUACCCGUUUUUACCCGCAUCCUAAGCAGCCCAAUUGGGCGGGAAACAGUCCAAUCUGGCAACACUGGCAGUGAUCAAGACAAUGUGGAUCCUUAAAGGGGUAGAAUCAAUUUGUGUAUAUGGCUGUUGGAUAUAAUGUGUAAAGUAUGUACUAUGUAUGUGCUGACUAUGUAUGUACAUGGGGUUGGUAUGGGUGGGAGCGUAAUUGUUUGAGGGGAAGGUCUGCAGAAUGAUGUUCAUUUACAAAUGUACGUAACUCUUAGCUCAUAUUGUAAGGGAUUACGCAUUGUUCGUGGAGGUGCAGUCCUAGCGGUAGGCUACUAUUCAAAGACAUCAAAAUGUGUGAAAGUUUGUGUGUCUCGGCCUGUCCAUGUUGCACAUAUUGAGGCAUAUUUUCUAUAACAUUGAAUGGUGCUCAUGUUUCUAUACAGCUUCAAAUCUAAGUUAAACAGUUCGGCGAAAUAUCCAUUUUCCUUGCACACCCACAGUGAUGUUUCAGCAUAUUUACGUAAUACGAUUUUCAUUUUCAAAUAAUGUAUGUUGAUGACCUAUGAUUUAGUUUUCUAUGAUGACUUCUAUGAUGACCUUUUCAUGACUUUGUAAUCAAACAUGCAAGUUAAUAGACUUCAUAUACCUGUUUUGACAUGCCA